CGGCGGCUGAGCGGGCGGCCGGAGCGGGCGGCCCAGCGCGGCCCUGCCGGGCCCCCCCCUCCCCGGGCCGCCGCGGCCGGGAUCGGGGCCCAUGGACGCCCCGUCCAUCAUCACCCAGGUGACCAACCCCAAGGAGGACGAGAGCAGCCCGACCCCCUGCGGCGGGCCCGACAAAGCAUCCCAGAGCAGCAUCAGCCUGAAGAAGCAAAGAAGCCGGAGCAUCUUCAGCUCUUUAUUCUGCUGCUUCCGCAGCUAUAAUGUUGACACCACAGCCAUCCAUACCACGAGCGUGCUGCCCCCGGUGGUGGAGGAGAAUGGGGGGUUUCAAAAGGGCGACCAGAGGCAGGUCAUCCCCAUCCCGAGCCCAUCUGCUAAAUACCUCCUUCCAGAACUGAAGGUACCAGACUACGGCAAGAAAUGCAUGGUCAUUGACCUUGACGAGACCUUGGUGCACAGCUCGUUUAAGCCUAUCAGUAAUGCUGAUUUUAUUGUUCCGGUUGAAAUCGAUGGAACCAUACAUCAAGUCUACGUCUUGAAACGACCACAUGUGGACGAAUUUCUUCAAAGGAUGGGGCAGCUCUUCGAGUGUGUGCUUUUCACAGCCAGCCUGGCGAAGUACGCAGACCCUGUGGCUGACUUGCUGGACCGCUGGGGUGUGUUCCGGGCAAGGCUCUUCAGAGAGUCCUGUGUUUUCCACCGAGGAAACUACGUGAAGGACCUCAGCCAGCUGGGGCGGGAGCUGAGCAAAGUCAUUAUCAUUGAUAAUUCUCCAGCCUCUUACAUCUUCCACCCAGAGAACGCAGUCCCCGUGCAGUCCUGGUUCGACGACAUGGGUGACACCGAGCUGCUGGACCUGAUCCCCUUCUUCGAAGGACUGAGUCGUGAGGAAGACGUCUACGGCAUGCUUCAGAAGUUCUGCCACAGGUAGCCUUGGUCUCAUCCCUCCUUCCACCCUGGCUGUGGCUGAAACCGCAUCCAGGCUCUGACCAUCUCCACCGGCCACCCUCGGACAUGGAUGCUGGGAGGAGGCAGCUUCUUCCAGACCUGGAAGCAGGGGUCACGUACAUCUGUACUUCUCGCCCUGGGGCCUCAGACACCAAGGACAGCAAGGGGAGGCCUGGCUCACCCUGCCACGAUUCCUGUCUGUCUCCUAGAGUAUGGUCGAUCAUGCCUCUUUUUAAAAAGGAAAAGAAAAUCACUAUUUUCAAAGGAACUCUUUUCAUGAAUUUCAUAAAUAGAAACACGUUUUACUGGAUCGCUUUUUCUUAAAACAUACCAAAAAAAGGAAUGAAUCUGGAUGUGUUUCAACGGUUGAACCCUCCUCCUGACUGUCCUUCCUACAAUGCCCACAUUCAGACCUUCUCCCUCUUGUUCCUGCUCAGAGCAGUUGAACUGACUCUGAGUUUCUUUCCUACUGAAUGAAGUGCCUUUGGAAUGUUAUUUUGAGAUAAAAGUUAAUUUUUGUAUACUGCAUAUUUCCAGACAUCUUUUAAUCUUUUAUUGUCUAACUGCUUUAAAAAAGAGAGAGAGUUUUAUAGAGCACUGUAAUAUAUGAUAACUAAACAAAUGGAGCGAAAGGGCCCUCUGCCCCGGGUCGGAAUCCGCUUCGAUGGCUCCUGACACGCUUCCAUGUCGGGCUCCAGAUCUUGGAAUCUUUGGGUGUUUCCUGCGGUUCCAUGUUUGUCCUCAUUGUCUCCAUCCAUCCUGACAGCUUGGAGGGUGUCUGCGUGUGUGUGGCCUCAGCACUCUAGCAAACGCUUCAUGUCAUGGAGGCUUUUGGUUGGUGGUUUUUUAAGUGGUCACAGAUCGGUCUUUUAUCCCUCUCCCCCCAGAGUGGUGACACAUCUCCUCUCCUCUCCUGCCCAGCUGCCAUCCAGACAUCAUUUGCAAUGCGAUGACAAAACCCCAUUCACUUUGGAGGCCAAAAACGAAUCCCUAAAAGUCUUUCCUUUCAAACAGCCUGUUGGGGUGAGCUGGACGUUCCCCUCGAGCUGUUCUGGGGAUUUUCUUUUCACUGCUGCUACUGUUCAGUCAGACGAUGGAACCGGCCCUGGCGGCUGUGAUACUGUUCUUCGCCACUGUGCCUACACCAAAAACCCACUUGCUUUGAUCUGCCAAUAUGGGAAAUCUCAUCCCUGAACAGGGGGCACCCACUGGACCCGGGAGCUCUCUUGUCUCCACUUAUGGGGGAAACUAUAAAUGACAAAAGAGAGCAUCGCUGCGUGGCAUCCUUUUUGUAUUAGAGAGAGAAUCCUCACCAGUGGGAUCAGCUGGCCAACCUCGUGCCAAACAAAGGGAGAAAGAACAUGCCUUGAGAAGUUCUGGAAGCUGGGCACCUCCCUCCAUCAGGCCUGCUGAUGGAGCAGAGGGAAGGAGAGAGCUUUCGUUCCUCAGCCAGCAUUUGCAGUGAGGUCUGUAAACCUUGUUGCAGAAUAAGACCAUCUGGGUGGCAUCACUUAAAAAAGAACCAGCCAGUCUUUUAUGUAAGCAUCAUCCCCAUGUCUCCAUCAGAGAGGCUCUGAUAGAGAAGAUGGGCCAGGAAUACCCAGGUUAGGCGCAUUCUUGCUGAGCUCAAAACUGGUUUUUUGCUUUAAUUUGUAUUGGAAUAUGGAGUGAUGAAACCCAACUGCCCAUAAGUGUGCUCUCUCAUGGCAGAUGGCUGCCAUGGUGGCUUUGGCCUGCAGAGCAGUCUGAUGGGAGACCACCCCGGUGGGACCUGGGGCCCAGAUGGCUCGCCAGAGUUUCCAUUCUAUGACCACGGCGGGCAGAGGCAUUGUUCAAUGCUCAUUCAUCAAACCAGUGAUUGGUCGUACCCAUUGCCUUAAAUGUCUGUGAAUGAAUGUUGAUCCUAAGUGUCUUUUCAUGUCUCAAAUCCCCACGUACACAGACAUUGGACCUUCUGUUCUGACCUCCAGCAGACAGAUGAAUUUCAACAAGACACAACCAAAUCAUGUUCUUUCUCGGCAUCCCUGGACAGCCUUGAAAGAGGAUCAAGAGCCUUUAAAGUCACAAAGCAGAGAAGACUGGUGCCCCCCACUGCUGGGGGUGAUGACCCUUCUGAUAGGCUGCUUGACCCAGCUUGAGAGCUGGGUGGGGCCACCUUCUGCCACGCCUCAAGAUUCCGUCUUCACUUCUGGCCCGUCAGCCAGUGUCGGACACAUGGUCAAAGCGCCUACACUUUAAUGAAGCAAUAGCAUUGGAACCUUGAGGCCAGAAAAUGAGUGGAAUGUUUGCUUUAAAAAGGAAAAAUGGAUACGGGUAUUCUUAAUUAUUGCCAUUGGUUAAUUUAUAGGCAUUUAAAACAACAAAAGGCUAAAAAUGUUUUAUCUACACGUGCCAUACGUCUCCCCCCAUCACCAAAGCAACCCUGAGUUCAGUUUUCUGUUGAGCCCAAGGAAAAGCGCAGUUCACCCAGCCAUCUGUGGUCCUUUGCCUUGUUGGGCUGCCAGGUGCCAAGCCUACGUGCCAAGUUACUGGAAAUCCAAGUAAAGGUGGCCAAGCCGAGCAACAGUAAACUGAGGCCAUGAGGAGAAGCUGCCCGUGCAUCUCUGGAAUGUCAGGGCCCCCCUGUUGCUGUUCCUCGGAUCUCUGAAAGCCUGUCUUACUGCUUCAACCUCUGGUCUUCUGAACAGUGUUUUUGUUCAUUAAAAAGAAGAGUCCCCUGCUCCUCUUGGCUGGUGGAAGGGUCGAUCCCUUGAUCACAUCCUAGGGGUGCCGAGAGAGGCUGAUGACAUGGCCUUGUAGAGAAGAGAGCUUCGGGACCCAGCUGUGUGGUGAACAAACGUGCACAGUCUCGUCUGUUUUAAGUCACUUUCUAAUCCAGUGCCAAGCUGCAGCCCCAGUAGACCCCGGGCAGAGAGCUCCUAGCCACUGAUUUCCACAGUGCUGGGAUGGCUGGGAGGAAGCGGCAGCUGCUCGGGCUUCUCUUGGUUAACUAUGCAAACUAGGCUGUAUGGUGGUUGUUGCAUUUUGCCGUAAAGUUGGUGCCGUCUGCCUUUGGUCUGUUGUGCCGGGAGCCUUCUGUGCAGAUCGCCAUGGUCACUUGGUCACUUGUCUGGACAGGCCCGACUCUGUCUCGAGGCCUGCAGAAGCGUGCCCAGGGACUGUGAGGGCCGGGAGGAGCACUGUCACUCUGCAGGAGUGCCGGGCUUUCCUCACUGUCAAAAAUAAAAGUUUUUAACAAUGGA